UGUAAUUGUAUGUGAAGCUACAGAAGUGCACUGAUGCAAACAUCAAAAAAGAACAAAAAAAAAAAGAGGGAAAUCUCAAAAUCAAAUGAGAACGAAGCAAAACUCAGUUGGAGGACAUUAUAGAAGUCUUUCUUAGAUUAAUUCAAGGCCAAAAAUGCAAGUCAAGGUGAAAACUUUAACUGGAAGAGAUAUUCCUGUCGAUAUCGAACCAUCUGAUAAGAUUAUUCGCAUCAAAGAAAUGAUGGAAGAGAAAGAAGGUAUACCACCAGCGCAACAACGUUUGAUUUUCAAUGGAUCGCAAUUAGCAGAUGAAAGUACUGUUAAUGAAUCAAACAUCACUGCAGGCUGCUCAUUGCAUUUGGUUCUUACCUUGAGAGGUGGAUAUUAGGACUAUAAAUGUUGUUUUGAAGGACAAUUUAUGGAAAUAAUUGAUUCGGGAUUUAGCCUAGUGAUCGACCCAGGAAUUGACAUAUCUCGAGUAAUUGACGGGACUAGUUUCUAUCAAGAUCUACUUGGAGAACAGCAAAUGAUAAGGAUGAAACAUCAUCAAAGUUUGUAAAUAUGUAAUAGUUGAUUUAUUAAU